CCUUCCUCCUUCCUCCUUUACCGCGCUACCACUCUCCACUGUUCACCUACUAGACACUUUGUAGACUAACAACCAUCAUGGCAUACGUGUUCAAGCGGGACAGACGGAAAGAGCGUGUCGCGUUCGACAAGAUCACAGCCCGGAUACAAAAGCUCUGUUACGGCCUCGAUCAGGACCAUGUUGAUCCUUUCGAGAUUACCAAGAAGGUCAUCGCUGGUGUCUACCCUGGCGUGACCACUGUUGAGCUCGACAACCUUGCCUCGGAAACCGCCGCAUACCUGACGACCAAGCACCCCGACUAUGCCAUCCUCGCUGCCCGCAUCGCCAUCUCCAACCUGCACAAGGAGACCAAGAAGCUCUUCUCCCAGGUCAUUGAGGACCUCUAUACAUACGUGAACCCGAAGAAUGGACGUCAUUCGCCUAUGAUCGCCAAGGACAUCUAUGAUAUCGUCCAGGAGAACAAGGAGGUGCUCGAUUCGGCGAUCAUCUAUGAGAGGGACUUCCAUCACCAAUUCUUUGGUUUCAAGACUCUCGAGCGUUCCUACCUCUUGCGGAUCAACGGCAAAGUUGCCGAGCGACCCCAGCAGAUGCUGAUGCGUGUAGCCAUUGGUAUACACGGCCGAGAUAUUGACCGCGCAUUAGCAACCUACACCCUGAUGUCCGAGCGGUACUUCACACACGCUAGCCCGACGCUCUUCAAUGCCGGCACGCCCCAUCCUCAGCUCUCUUCCUGUUUCCUGGUUGCCAUGAAGGACGACAGUAUCGAGGGCAUCUAUGAUACCCUCAAGACAUGCGCAAUGAUUUCCAAGACCGCUGGUGGUAUUGGAAUGCACAUCCACAAUAUCCGCGCCAAGGGCUCCUACAUCGCGGGCACCAAUGGCUACUCGAACGGUAUCGUCCCCAUGCUCCGUGCUUACGAUGCUACUGCUCGCUACGUCGACCAAGGCGGUAACAAGCGCCCCGGUGCCUUUGCUAUCUACAUCGAGCCCUGGCACGCCGACGUCUUCGAGUUCCUCGACCUGCGCAAGAACCACGGCAAGGAGGAAGUGCGCGCACGUGACCUUUUCUACGCCCUCUGGAUUUCAGAUCUGUUCAUGAAGCGCGUCGAGUCCGACGGUGACUGGUCUCUCUUCUGCCCUAAUGAAGCGCCUGGCAUGUCUGAGGUGCACAGCGAAGAUUUCGAGGCUUUGUAUACUCGUUACGAACGCGAGGGUCGCGCGAGGCAGACCAUCAAGGCCCAGAAGCUGUGGUAUGCCAUUCUCGACGCACAGAUUGAGACUGGGGGCCCGUUCAUGUUGUACAAGGAUGCUGCUAACUCCAAGUCUAACCAGAAGAACCUGGGCACGAUCAAGUCUUCCAACCUCUGCACAGAAAUCAUGGAGUAUUCCGCCCCUGACGAGGUCGCCGUCUGCAAUCUCGCCUCCAUUGCCUUGCCUUCCUUCAUCCAGGACGGUCAGUACGACUUCGAGAAGCUGCACGCGGUCGCCAAGGUGGUCGCGUUCAACCUGAACCGAAUCAUCGAUGUCAACUACUAUCCCGUGCCUGAGGCUCGUCGGUCUAAUAUGCGUCACCGUCCUAUCGGCGUUGGUGUGCAGGGUCUCGCCGACGCGUUUAUGGCUCUUCGCAUGCCGUUCGACUCGCCCGAAGCUCGUCAGCUUAACCGCGAUAUCUUCGAGACUAUCUACCACGCUGCGCUCGAGGCGUCGAACGAGAUGGCCGAGACGGACGGCGCGUACGAGACGUUCGAAGGCUCCCCUGCUUCCCGUGGAGAGCUCCAGUUUGACCUAUGGGGCGUGAUGCCUUCCGACCGCUGGGACUGGGCCGGGCUGAAGGAGAAGAUCAGCCGCACGGGUCUGCGCAACUCCCUCCUCCUUGCCCCUAUGCCUACCGCCUCCACUUCCCAGAUCCUGGGGAACAACGAGUGCUUCGAGCCGUAUACAUCUAUGAUCUACGCGCGUCGUGUACUCGCCGGCGAGUUCCAGGUUGUCUGCCCGUGGCUUCUUCGCGAUCUUGUCGAUCUCGGCCUAUGGAACGACCAGAUGCGGGAUAUGAUCAUCGCUUCCGGCGGGUCGAUCCAGAACAUCCCCGGAAUCCCGGACAACAUCAAAGCGAUCUACAAGACCGUCUGGGAGAUCUCACAGAAGAAGAUCCUCGACCUCGCCGCGGACCGGGGUGCGUUCAUCUGCCAGAGUCAGAGCUUGAACGUCCAUCUCCAGAGCCCUACUCUCGGCCAGCUCACGUCCAUGCAUUUCUACGGCUGGAAGAAGGGGCUCAAGACGGGCAUGUACUACCUUCGUACGCGCCCUGCUGCUCAGGCCAUCCAGUUCACCCUGGACGCCUCGGUCAUCAAGCAGGCGAAGGAUGCACAGAACGGUGUCUCUGCUCCUGCUCAAGCGGUGCGUGCGAUGAAGCCCAGGCAGAGCACGAACAAGUACGCGAGCAUAGCCGUGAACGAUGUCCUCGCUUCAGCACGUAGCUCCACCCCGACGAGCGCAACUGCCACUAGCUCUCCGAUCGCUUCCCCUGACAGUGUGAGGCCUGUUCCUGUGGCUGUCAAGGUCGAGGACCUCUCCCUAGACGCGACGGUCGUCAAGGCUGAGUCCUCUUCUGCCCCGCUUCCUACCCCAGGCGCAUCUCCUUCCCGCAUUGAGCAGCCACUUGUAGCUGCUCCAGCAGAAGAGAACGGCAAGGGCAAGGGCAAGACGGAGAAGGAGAUUGACCCCGAAUACGCCGCUGCAUUGGAGAGGAUAAAGCAGCGCGAAUACGAGGAGGCCAAGCUCCAGUGCAGCCUCGAAAACAAGGAGGCAUGCCUGAUGUGCUCUGGCUGAGUACUUUGCCUCUCCCUUGUCAUGCCUUUCUAACCUAGAAACACUCGAGCUGUGUAAAAAUGUACUUUGGUUUCUGGAUCCCCUAUUUCCCGUCCACUUGCAAACCACACUGCAUUUAUAGCGAGCUCCUCCACUACUUACGCUUAGUUUUCAUACCCCUUGUCGGCGAUGUUGCGAUAUGUAU